GUUUACUCUAAAUCAUUAGCACAAUGUUUUCACAAAGAGAAACACACCCAAUAAAUCUACCAAAUAUUAAGCUUUUUCUUAUUCAUUUUAGAGGUUUAAUUGGUGCCUCUUUUUCAUUCAGAAAACAUUGUGCUUAUGACACCUUGAAGAAUACAGUCCAUUCAUUUCAACAACAACUGUCUUUUCUGCACGGCCGCUGCAAACCCAGCACACUGUUGCUACAUUGUGGUCAGAAGUGGAGGCAAGGCAGGUACCCUGGCACAUACCCGGAGGCUGGCAGGGGAGAGUGUACAAAUGCAAAACUAGACUCACCUGAAUAAUUGGCAUAGGCACAACUAGAUUGGCCCAGCAUCGAUGUUGAAGCGUUGGACGAAAUUGCCAUGAAUUGAAAUAUAAAGGAAAGCCUGCUUGGACUCUUGUCUUACCUGAUUGAUCUGCAUGGGAAGGCUUAGGAACUCUGGACAAAGGGAUUGUGAUGCAGAAGCUGAGCAGGCAGCAUGGAGUGUGAGCUUCAGGAAGAAGUUAACCAUGGUUUCACAGACCAGCAGCACAGCCCUGGAAAGAACAGGGUGAAAAUACAGACAAGGGGCCAGUGGGCAAGCAAAACGGAGUUCAUCCUGGCUGUUGCUGGGCAGAUUGUCGGGCUGGGAAAUGUGUGGCGGUUCCCCUACCUGUGCUACAAAAAUGGAGGAGGCGUGUUCUUGAUUCCCUACGUGCUGUUCCUGGUGUUCUGCGGGAUACCUCUGUUCCUCCUAGAGACUGCUCUGGGGCAGUACACCAGCCAGGGGAGCAUCACCGCCUGGAGGAGAAUCUGCCCCCUCUUUGAAGGUAUUGGAUAUGCCACCCAGGUGAUUAUUGGCUACAGUGUUAUAAGCUACAUCAUCAUCCAGGCUUGGGCUCUCUUCUACCUGUUCCACUCCUUCAGCUGGGAGCUUCCCUGGGCUAGCUGUAGAAACACCUGGAAUACAGGUACCUGUGUGGAAUUUGAUAAGCAUAACAUCACAUCCAAUGGGAUGAUUCCAGAAAAUGCUACAUCACCUGCCACAGAGUUCUGGGAGAGGCGGGUGCUGAGUAUAUCUGGUGGGAUCGAGGAGGUGGGCAGCCUGCACUGGGAGCUGAUGCUGUGUCUCCUGUUUUGCUGGAUUAUCUGCUAUUUCUGUGUCUGGAAGGGAGUCAAAUCCACAGGAAAGGUGGUGUACUUCACGGCCACGUUCCCCUACCUGAUGCUGGCUGUCCUGCUGAUCCGUGGACUCACUCUGCCUGGAGCCGUGGACGGGAUCAUCUUCUACCUCUACCCAGACCCAGCGCGGCUCGCAGAUCCACAGGUGUGGAUGGAUGCAGGGAUACAGAUUUUCUUCUCUUAUAGCAUUUGUGUUGGAGGUCUGAUCACCCUUGGCAGUUACAACACGUACAACAACAACUGUUACAAGGACUGUGUGUACCUGUGCCUCCUAAACAGUGGAACAAGCUUUGUGGCCGGGUUCACCAUCUUCUCAGUGCUGGGCUUCAUGGCAUAUGAGCAGGGAGUGCCCAUCUCGGAGGUUGCUGAGUCCGGUCCUGGCCUGGCGUUCAUUGCAUACCCACACGCCGUGGCCAUGAUGCCACUCCCUCAGCUCUGGGCCUUCUGCUUCUUCCUCAUGGUCUUCCUGCUGGGGGUGGACACUGAGUUUGUUGCCCUUGAGAACCUAACCACAUCCAUCUCCGACAUGUACCCCUCGUUCUUCCGACAAGGUUCUCGUAGGAAACUCCUCCUGCUGUUCAUCUGUGUUAUCAGCUUUCUCAUCGGGCUCCUCAUGGUCACAGAUGGUGGAAUGUAUGUCUUCCAGCUGAUAGAUUACUACGCCAGUAAUGGGACCUGUCUCAUGUUCCUCGCUAUUUUUGAAUCCAUUUGCAUUGGUUGGGUGUUGGGUGGCAACCGUUUUUAUGACUGCAUAGAAGACAUGAUUGGCUACCGGCCUUGGCCUCUGAUUAAAUACUGUUGGCUCUUCUUCACUCCAGCCAUCUGCAUUGGGACCUUCAUCUUCUCCCUGGUCAAGUACACCCCACUGAAGUACAACAGGACAUACGAGUACCCGGCCUGGGGAUACAUCCUCGGCUGGUUCCUCGCUCUCUCCUCCAUGGUCUUGGUUCCUCUGUGGAUCGUCUUCAAACUCACCCAGACCGAGGGGACCAUACCAGAUCGCCUUCACCUGCUGUGCCUCCCUGCCAGCGACCUGCCCCUUGGCAAGAAACACAAAGCAAGCAGAUGCCCUUUCAACUCUGAGCCCAGUCAACAGUGUGGGGAGACUGAAACAGCCUGCAAGAAAGAGUAUGAAACUGAAGACGCUCCUGUAUGAAGAGAAACAAAAGCUAAAUUACUUUAAGAAAGGAACGUACUGUUGUAUUUAGCGCAUGUUUAUCCACAACUUUAAACACUCAAUCAUAAAGCUUAUGUGAAACUAUUAAAGAAACAAUAACUGUGUACAGUUAUACCCUAGAUCAGGUUGAUUUCGUUUCCAUCCCUUCAUGUAAAAACGAGACUAGUUUUUCUCCAGGGUCGCCCCAACUGUGUAAAACUGUUACAAAAAAACAACAAAAAAAACCUGUUAAUGCCAGUGGUGGAAAUGGGAAAGUCACUACAGGAACACACCCUAAAUAUGGUCAAUCUGAAUGGUAAAUCCUGAUCCCAAGUCUUUCCUUCAAUAAAAAUCAUGAA